GGUUAGCACUAUUUAUAACCCUCUUCUCCUUCCUUCUCUAAUUGGCAGAUGCAAAAAGCUUAGCCCCUUCCCCAUCUCUGCAUCUGCAACGUUUCCUCUCUUCUUCCAAUUCCCCAAAAUGCCCUCCUUACAGGACGAGCUCUUCCCCUCCACCCCCGGAAAGUUCAAGAUGGACAGAAACCACCCAAUGAACCGCCAGUUCCACCGCUGUUUCGCCUCCACCACCACCAUGUUCUUCUGGGCUCUCUUCUUAAUCGCUUUAACCGCCUCCUAUUUGAGUUUCCAAUCCUUCGUCGACUCCGGCAGCCGCUACUUCUCCGUCUCAUGGGGCGGCAUCCAAUGGGAGAAACAACUCCGUCACUCAGCCCAAACCCACCGUCCUAAUGGCCUCUCUGUUCUCGUCACCGGCGCUGCUGGCUUCGUCGGAACCCAUGUUUCCCUCGCUUUGAAGAAACGCGGAGACGGCGUUGUCGGCCUUGAUAAUUUCAAUUCCUAUUAUGACCCUUCCUUGAAAAAAGCCCGGAAAUCGCUUCUCUCCGAUCACGGAAUCUUCGUCGUUCACGGCGAUUUAAACGACGCUAGAUUGCUUGAGAAGCUCUUCGACGUCGUCGUUUUUAGUCACGUGAUGCAUUUAGCGGCUCAAGCUGGAGUCCGUUACGCUAUGGAGAAUCCCAAUUCGUAUGUUCAUAGCAACAUCGCCGGUUUAGUUACGCUCCUUGAGGCAUGUAAAUCGGCUAACCCACAACCGGCUGUGGUUUGGGCUUCUUCCAGUUCGGUUUACGGUUUGAACGAGAAAGUCCCCUUUUCCGAAUCGGACCGAACCGACCAACCGGCGAGUCUCUACGCAGCCACAAAAAAAGCCGGAGAGGAAAUCACUCACACUUAUAAUCACAUCUAUGGUUUGUCGAUAACCGGGUUGAGAUUCUUCACGGUUUACGGUCCAUGGGGCCGACCGGACAUGGCGUAUUUUUCAUUCACGAGGAAUAUUCUUCAAGGAAAGCCGAUUACGGUUUUUCGCGGGAAGAACCGGGUGGAUUUAGCGAGGGAUUUCACUUACAUUGAUGAUAUUGUGAAAGGGUGUUUGGGGUCGUUGGAUACAUCAGGGAAGAGCACCGGUUCAGGUGGGAAGAAAACCGGACCGGCGGCGUAUAGGAUAUUCAACUUGGGGAAUACAUCGCCGGUGACGGUGCCGACGUUGGUGAGUAUAUUGGAGAGGCAUUUGAAGGUGAAGGCGAAGAAAAAUGUGGUGGAAAUGCCUGGAAACGGCGACGUUCCGUUUACUCAUGCGAAUAUUAGUUCGGCUCGGAAGGAACUCGGGUAUAAACCGACCACGGAUUUGCAGACCGGGUUGAAGAAGUUCGUCAGAUGGUAUUUAUCGUAUUAUGGCUAUAAUCACGGAAAACCUGUAAAUUAAA